AUGAUUGCUCUUGUUACACACAUGCAUGAUUGCUUUGUGGAAAUGAAACAAUCAGAAAGCUCUAACCUUGUUCCAAUUCCUCGAGACUUCUGUUGUCCACUGUUACUUGAAUUGAUGACAGACCCUGUGAUUGUAGCUUUUAGGCAGACAUAUGAGCGGGGGUAUAUUCGUAAUUGGAUCGAUCUUGGACUCAAUGUUUGCCCUAAAACAAUGCAAACUCUUGUUCAUAAUAAUUUGAUUCCUAAUUACACUGUGAAAGCAUUGAUUGCUAAUUGGCGUGAAUCCCACAAUGUUAAACUCCCAGAUCCUGAAGAUGCUUCUUCUCCAGUGCAUCGUCAUGUUCAUUCAUCUUCAGAAGAUUCUGGAAAGGGGAAUGAGUUUAAUACGGUUGAAUCCGGUGAGAAAAGUUUGGAUUCCGGUGGACCUGGACCUGGACCAUCUGGAGUGGAUGAAGGAUCACCACCAGAGGCACCUGCAAUUGAGUCGUCUUCUUCAGCUCCGGCAACCGCUUACAACAGUGAUGCUUCAGGGGAGCUGGCGGCAGAGCCUCAGGCUGCCAUUGCUGCUUCCCAGCAUGCAGUUUCACCUCGAUUUGGAAACAGAGCACGAAACCAAAUAUGGCGGAGAUCAUCUUUUGGGCCGAGAGUUGUUUCUUCUGCUACUGAAGCGAGAACUGAUCUCACGGAACUCGAAACGCAAGUGAAGAAAUUGGUCAGCGACUUGAGCAGCGCUUCCAUUGAUACAGUCAGGAACGCCACCGGUGAACUCAGAUUACUUGCGAGACAAAUGAAAUUGAAAGGUGAACUCAGAUUAUUUGUGGGAUCAAAGAUUUGGUGA